AUGCUGCGGCGUCCUUGGAGACCAGGCCGAUGGCAGUGGUGCAGACUGGCCUCGACAGCAGACCUUUGUGUGGAACUCCAUGGUUUGGCUGCUCGAGGAGCCCUCGCUGCAGCAGAAAGGCGGCUUUCUGUAGAAGGGCUCCCAGGACAGAGCACUCCUGGUGCUCUUGUAGCAGCAAGCUGCUUACCGCCAAAGUACCGCGGAACAAUCUUUCGAUGUUUGCUCCUGGCCGCAAUCAAUGCUGAUGAUGCAGAUGCGGCCUCCAGGUGGCUUACUGGCUUUGCCCGUUUCCUUCCAGAUGCGUCCAGCAGAAUGACAACGCUAGAAGAGAGAGGUCUCGAGGAGAGAGGCCCUUCUGGACUUGAGGUCCUUGGACGACUCCUGGGCGUGGUCUCCGAAGGUGGCCCACAAGCAGCAGAAAGGUGGUUUCUAGCCCUGGAGGGUUCCGGUCCUUUAGCCGAGCUUCUGCGCCAUCGUGUGAUGGUGAGAUCAGGAGACUUUUCUUCUAUGGAGAGGAGCUUGGCCUGUCUGCCAGCCCUUCAAGCACCAUGUGAAGAUCGUGCGACGGCAGUGGAACAAGCACUGGAGCGCAUUGCAAAGGGUUCAGAUCCUGGACGAGUUCAUUUGUGGCUUUGGCGCUUUGAUUCCAUGGCAUCCUUCAUUGACUAUAUCCCUGGAGUGGCAGAGUGCUCGUCCGCACUACUGGCCGCUGCUCGGAUGGGUGAUGUGCCUCGAGCAGAAUAUUUCUUGCAGCGUUGCACAGGUGCGCGGAGCUUGCGCUCCUGGCUGGCCAGUGCGACGAAGGAGCAAAUGGUUGAGAUGCUUGACAAUUUCAACCUCUUGCUCUUCUCCUGUGCCAUGGCACACGAAGCUGAGCGAGCACAGUUAUGGUUGCAGUGUCUUCGUGAAAGACAUGAGCCCAACUUUCAGAGCUUCUCGCACGUGAUGAAUUCUUGUGCGGCAAUUGCUUCUACAAGGACCACAGAACACUAUUUCCAAGAGAUGAUUCGAUCGCAGAUUGAAGCAACUGCCAAUGAGUAUACAAUCCUUCUGCGCGCUUGUGGAAAAGUUGGUGACUCACGACGGGCUUCCUGCUGGAUUUCGCGUAUGGAGGAGGCCUGUGUAGAGGUGGAUGUCUUUGGCUUGAAUGCUUUACUGGCAGCUCAAGCUGGAGAAGCGGACCACACAGCUGCGCUGAAUUUGCUGGAUGAGAUGUGCGCCGGAUCACAGCCUGCCAUGCCGGAUGCUGUGAGCUAUUCGUACGUGGCUUAUGCUUUCUCCACAGCUGCAUUGUCAGCCUCCAGGCGACAGCUGCUGCAGAACGCUGAGGAUAUUCUGCUUCGUAGCCGGGCUGCCAUGCUGGAGGUGGAUGGCAAUGCCUAUCGUGUCUUGCUUCGCAGGAGCGCACGCUUGGGUGAUGCUGAACGAGCUGGUCGCCUUUGGCGUGACAUGAAGCUUCUCGACCACGAUCCUGGCACCUCUGCUCUUCUUGAGGUGCUGCAGGCGGCCAGCAGUGCACCAUUCUUGGGCCUGGCACAGGAAGCUUUUCAAGCUUUGCCCGCAACACAUGAGAGAAGAGAAGACUCCUUGCUACUCGUUAUACGGCCAUUAGCAGAGCUUGGAGACUGGCGUGGCAUUGAGCGCAUGCUUCAGAGGUGGGGUCCAGGACCACAGACGGCUGCAGUGGCGAGGUUGCAACUGCAAGCACUUUCAGAAGCGGUGCCGAGGAAGCGUCAACGAAGUAUGGAGGCUGCCAGCAAGCUUCUACUUGCGGGGGAAGGCAUUUUGGGUGAGACAGCGGAGCUCCUCCAUAGAGCCUUGGGUGGCGGCCGAAGCAGUGCGUCGGCAGCGUUGCCAGUACUGCUGGGCCCACUGCAGCAGAGGCAAGCUGCGCUCCUCUGUGCCAGUCGGACAAAGGCAGCUUUGGACUUGAACGACCCUGAGCGAGCAGAGGGAUGGGUACGUGAGCCAUGUUCGGAAAUGGGAGUAAUGGCUUACAACCUGCUAUCCUACGGCGAGGAGAAGGAACGAAGUCCUCAGCGAUAUCGUGAAUCAGCGGAGGAGCGAGGCUUGGCCGCGGCAGCCCGACUGGCCGCGGCAGUUGCUGCAGCGACCCACGGAGAUCCCAAGUUUCGUUUGCGGCGUCACAGCGCCAUUGGAUGCUCACCCUCAUCACCUCAGGCUCCUUUUCAUGCUUGGAAGGAGCCCAAAGAGAAAUCGAAGGAGACUCCGAAGGAGAACGGCCGCAGAUGCGAGCACGACGAGAGGCGCGACGAGCGGCCCGAGCGGCCUGAGAGGCAGCGCCGGGCCUCGCCCACGCGGCCGCCUCGGGCUCAGAGCGCCCGACGCCCGGCGCGGCUGGAUCCUCCGGCACGUGCCCGGUCAGCGGAUCCGCGGCGGCGCUAUGAAGCUGCCUUCGUUCCGGAAGGAACAGAGGACGGGCAUGCAGCCCGGAGGAGCACUGGGCACAUCUUGACGGCAGCAGUGAAUGCUGCCUUCGAGGUGGUCGAAACACCUCGGUUGGCUCAAUUGGUUUGCGAGGUGCCAUCCCGUCGACCCGCCAGCGCCAUCGAAUUUGAAGCGCAAUUGGAGAACCGAGCCAAGAGCACUCGCAACCUGGCAAAUGAACGUGACAUGCUGCCACACCAUUCCUUGCCAGAGAUGUUCUUGCAGAGCCGAGCUUUGGAGAACAGCUUGGAGGUGGCGACCAGAUAUGGUUUGGCGUUUCUUCAUUACAACGUCUCUCUUUGUGGCAGGCUGAGCUUCAUGUCCAUAGCACACCUUGAUGUGGGCACUUUCAGCUUGGUUGGCAAGGCUUUGGCAAUCAUACUGACCGUUUUGCUGUCCCGCGUGGUCUUGAAAAAGGGGCAGAGCCCACAGCAGUAUAGCUUGGUGGUCGCUGUGGCGGUGGCGACAAUGGUAUUUUGCCAAUCAGAGGAGCUGAAGCCGUUGGCAUUGAGCGACACCGAGGAGCAUUCCAAGAAACGUCCGCUAGGAGCCUUGCUGAGGUUGCAGACCUACCUGGCAGUGCAGCAGAACCUACAUGCCUCUGGUGCACACCGGGAUGAGGUGCGGCAGAUGCGAGAGAGCGACAUCCAGCACGUGCUUCAGCAGGUUCAGGCGCGGAUGGUGAGUUUGCAGAGCCAAGCAGAGAGUUCCAGCUCUCAGCGGAAGGAUUUGGAGGGCGAACUAAGCCAAUCGCAAGAGAGCCUGAAGAUGCAAUUGUCGCAUUUGGACGAGGUGCGGGCCCAGAUCGACAAGGAGAUCGAAGAGCUGGAUGAAAGGAAACGUCAGCUAAGGAUUGAGUUGGACACAGUCUCCAGACAGUUGGACGAGGCCCGAAUGAAGCAAAAGGAACAUAUGGAGAAGUCGGACAAGUCUUUGCAUCGCUCCGAGCUGUACAAUGUGAAGGCAUCCAUUCAGGAGAAGAUCAAUGGAGCUGAAAGCGAAGCUGUGUCCUCUGGAAAGGAAAAGGAGCUGUUGGAUCAAACCAGGAAGAUCCUGGAAGACUCUGGCACAACCUUGCAGACCUCGGUGCAAGAGCAACAAGGUGACCUCAAACAAAAGCUUGUGGACUUUCAAGAGCAUUUCAAGGCACUCUUGGCAGAUCACCUUCGCUUUUGUGAGGUGAAGGCUAGGCAGCUGCAAGCUCAAGCUGAAGCAUCUGUGACGGAGGCGAAUAAAGAGUUGCUUUUGGCAACUGCACGUAGUGCAGAAGAGGCGUUUGAAGCUAAGUUUCAUCGCAGGAACGCUUAG